AUGCCCAAGUGCCCCGCGUGCGACAAGGUGUACUUCGCCGAGAGGGUGACCUCUCUAGGCAAGGACUGGCAUCGGCCCUGCCUGAAGUAUGAGAAAUGUGGGAAGACGCUGACCUCCGGGGGCCACGCUGAGCAUGAAGGCAAACCCUACUGCUACUACCCCUGCUACGCCGCCAUGUUUGGGCCUAAAGGCUUUGGGCGGGGUGGAUCCGAGACACACUUUCAAGAAGGGGGCACACAAGCACUGGGCAUCUCCUGUGAAAGUGCUGUGCUAAAUGACCCCAGGCAGUGGUCAAAGAGCCCCACAUCCAGUCUGGGCACUUCAGGAAGCAUCCCUGAGGAAGAGCCCCCUGAGUGGAAACUUGGGGAAUUGGCAGGGGUCAGCCAGGCACAGACAGGUGAGGAAGAAGCCUGA